AUGUCUCUGUACGACGACAUCUCCAAUGUGAAAGACCGGCAUGCUCAGAUCCUCGCCGAGCUAUCCACGUUAGAAAAUGCCUCGGACACCCUGAGAUCCCACGACGCCUUCCUGUCGGAUCUCCAGGAGCACCUCGCCAAUGCCGACCGUGAGCUCGCGCAAAUACACAAGCGCACCCAGGUGGGUCGCGAGCGACAUGAGAAAUACCGCGACAGCACAAUGCGGCGUCUCGUGUAUCGCGCGACGGGGAAGCGCGACCAGUUCGAGGAGAAGGCGGAUGAGGAGAUGAGGAGUUACUACAAUGCACUUGAGCGGGAGAAUAAGAUUCGUGCGCAGCGGGAUAUGCUUGAGGCGCAGAGGAGGGAGGCAACGGAGGAGAAGGCGGGUCUUGAGGAGGCGUGCACCAGACGUGUCAAGUUAAAGGCGGAGCUGGAUGCGAUGUAUGAGAGGCUAUUCAGUGGGCCGACGGCUGAAUUCCCCGAGGAGGAUGAGCAAGAGGAGGCUGUGAAGGCUGCAAAAUCGCAUCACCAGACGCUGAGCAAGAACCUGAAUGGCCACCGCAAGGCCCUGCAAUGUCUCGCCCGCGCCCAGGUAACAACGAAAGAAGCUCUCCUCUUCGUCUUCGAAGCGCGCAAAGCCUGCGAGCGCGACAUGCUCGGCUUCGGCGGGACACUUGCCGACUUCCGCCGCGCGAACAGCCUGUCCAACGCACAGCAGAAGGUGUCCCAGACGCAGAUGCUGGUGGACCAAGCGCGGCGGCUCGAUCCUGACAUCCCCCAUCUACCCCCCAUGGACAUAGUCCAGAUUGACAUGAUAAGUGGGAUCCUGUGUGACAACUUUGUGUUCAACAUGAACUAUCUUAACAUGAUCUACCAUUCCUUCGACCAGGUAAAAGUGGCGGAGGAGUUUCUAGCAUCGGUUUUCCGGUCGGCGAAGCGGCGCGAGGAGCAUUUGAAGAACGAGGUCGAGGAUACGGCGGGUGAUCUCGAGAUGGCGCAGAGGGAGCUCCGUAAGGUGAGGGAGGAGGCGUUUAUCAAGGCUGCGGAUCCGCCGCCGCCGUAUGCGGAGAAGUCUCGUGAGGCGAUCGCCGUUGAUCAGUAA